AUGUUCGCCAUUCGCGCCCCUCAAAAGCAGUCAAACGGCCCGGAAACCAAAAACUCGACGGAAUCUUGUACCCCGAAUAUCCUCCCUUGUCGGAUUCACCACGACGGACCCGUCGAAUCUCUUCAGCGUUACUGGGCCCCGGCAGCUGACAACGAAGAUGAAAAAUUACAGACAUCCCAUUUCCGCGGCCGCAAACUACGUGGUCGGCGUGUCGCAAUCCCCGAGGGCUAUCAAGGCGUGGUAGCAAUGCUAACAGAGCGUGUCCUCCCUUCGCAAACGAACAACGGCGGUAUGGCAGAUGAUACCGAAAUGGAGCCAGAAGAGCCGGUCAAGAUUUUGGAGAAACAGGGCAUUUUUGAUGAGUUUGUGGUAUGGGCGCAUGAGGAAGUGCCGGCUGUUGAUGAUGUUUACGUGAAGGGGGUUGAGGAGUGGUUGAAUUUGGCUGAGGUGAUGCAUUCGAGCGAAUCGUCGAUAGAGGAGUCCCAGAAGAAAGCGUCGACUUAG